AUGUCGCAGGCUUCAACGCUUCCCAUCUCUGCCGUCCUUCACAGCGAGAGCAACGCCUCGUGGCACAGCAAUGCGUCUGCAUCAAGCUCCUCCUCACACAUCGACGCCUCUCCUUCAUCGUCGAAGCCGUCUCCUUCAUCGUCGCCCGGUCUCCUCAGCCUCCAGUUCAGCGCAGACAAGAGGAGAAGAUCAAGCGGCGCAAGCUCAAUCCUGGAGCCAUCAGCCCAUGUCAUCUGCCCUUCAGACGACAAUCAUAGAGCCUUUGCGAAGCCGUACCCUUCGUCUUCCUCUGGAACGCCCUCCCCGACGGGCACAAAGCGUAGCUCCCCCAGCUCCUCGACACUAGUCAGCCCGAGCAGCGCAAAGCGCCAACGUCUUCCCAGCAUUGAGAUCGGCUUCGGCCCUGAACCUCCCUCACUCCUCUCCCCCUCCGUCUCCACCACCGCCCCUGCCGGUCCAAAGGAGACCUACCUCCAAGGCCUCCUGAAGGAAUUCGCCUCUCGCGGCUACUCGACUAUGAACGCUCACGAGCGAGAACGCCUUCUGAUGUCGAAGCUCUCAUCACAAUUUGCAGAGUUCCAAUUUCAGCUCGAGGCGAGCGAGAAGCGGGAGAAGACCCUGCGAUCGCGAGCUAUGGUCGUCCUGGGCCAGAGAGAUCAUGCGCUGGCGAAGCUGGCGGAGGCGGAGGAGCAGCUCGAGGUACAGAGGAGAGGAGCGUCAGUAUCGUCGGGUGUGGGGCCGGCGAGGAAUAGACAGCAGCAUCAGACUGUGCCUAAUCAUGUUACGCCGCUCGGGAUGGUCACCGCCAUGAAGGCUCAGUGGUUGCCCCCGCGGUCCUUGAGCGCUUCAUCACUAUAUGCCUCGGGCGCCCUCUUCUCCAGGGACUCGCCCGUCGUGCAACUUAGCACCUCCAACUUCAAGCGACAUGUCCUUGACAUCGAGAAACCUACCCUCGUAGCAUUCACAGCACCAUGGUGCGGUCAUUGUCAGCGCCUCGUACCCGAGUUCGAGAGGGCCUCACGCUCGCUGGACGGCAUUGUCAAGUUUGCCAAUCUAGAUUGUGACGAGGAAGCCAACAAGGCGACAUGUGCCCGCUAUUCGAUUCAGGGCUUCCCAACCAUCAAGCUCUUCCCUGCCACCACAAAGCGCCUACCUCGCGACUAUAGAGGAGAGCGUAAUGCCAAGUCACUCGUUGAGUAUGCGGUCGAUUCGCUGCCACGCAGUGUGACAAAGGUGAACGCAGAGGACAUCAAGGGAUUCGUCGUGGAGAAGGACCCAGAGACGCCGAAGGUGGUCCUCUUCUCCAACAAGCCCACGAGCUCUCCGCUGUACAAGAGUCUUGCUCUUGACUUUCGCAAGUCGAUGGUGUUCGCUAUUGCGAGAGGGGAUCAACCACCUGUCCAAAAUGCGGCUCGUGUACACCUCGGAGUCAACUUCAAGGGUGAGAAGGACCUGCCUGUCCUCGUCGCCUUCGGACCACGAGGAGAGGAAGCGGCAUUCGACAAGGGCAGCUUUGAGACCUAUGAAGGAAAACUCAAGUAUGACGUGCUGAAAAAAUGGCUCGAUGGACUGAAGGAGAAGUGGGGAGUCAAGGACACCGCCGCUGGAGCCGGAGAUGGUAAGAAAGGGCCGGCAAAGAAGACCAAGGCCAAGCCCAAGACUAAGGCGAAGAAGGAUCCGUCGAGCGAUAGCAGCGAUGAAGCCCUUCCAGCUGGCGGAUCCUACGAAUGGAAGCCUCCCCCGUCCAGGCAACAGGGCGCUGAUGCUGGCCCAAUGCUAUCCAAGGAGCGUGCUUCAAAGCUCGCGGAGGACAUCAAGGCCAAGCAAGACUCGCUGCACAAGAAGCAGAAGGGAGAACACGGAGACGCAAAGAAAAUGGCCUUCGGCGCUGAAGAUGAGGAGGAGGUGGAGGAUGGCCCCGGACCGGCAGAGGUGCAGCAAGGGACCGAGACGAAAGUUGUAGGCGGGGAGGGGCGCGAGCACAAAGUGCAGAUGGUAUUCGGUGAAGAGCAAACGAAGCAAAAGCAGCCUAUCAAGGAGACCAAGGUGGAUCCCGACGACCCCUAUGCCGACCCAGACGCCUUCCCAGACCAUGUCAACGAGGGGCCGUACAUCUACACCGACGGCCAGCAAGCAGAUGUGCACGCCAUGAAUCGCAUCCUCGAAGAGUCCGGCGCGUACGGAGCGGCAGAAGAGGCUUUGAACCGCGUUGGAGAUGCAGCAAAAGUUGCUCGGGAAGGGGCAACUGACGCGAUGAACAACGUCAAGAAGGCCGCAGAGUCCAUUGCUGAGAAGCUCGGAAGCGCAGGUACGGCCUCGAAGGAGUAUGAGGGUUCCGGUGAAGGAAUGGACCCUGAUCGCCAGCCCUUCAUUGCGAAGCGCCGCGCCCUCCUAUCCACUUUUGAGCGCUGGCUUGCUGGCGAACACCCCGACUGGCAAGAGCAGUACGGUGCCGAGUUCAUGCAGGCGACCAAGGAUGUUGAGCACCUCCUUGCUACCGACCCGAUGAGGGCCGAGGAGCUCGCGUGGGAGAACGAGGAAUGGAUGCUUGCUGAAUUGAAGGCCGACAGGGAGAAGAUGGCUGACGUGUUGGGCAUGGGCAAGAGGGAGAAUCUCGAAGAGAUGAUCAGCUUGAUUGAGGAAAGGCUGAAGGGGCGUGGUGAAGAGGAGGGCAGGAGGAAGAGGGAAGAGGGGAUCGAGGCCGCUGUUGAGGCUGUGUUGAGGAGAGAGGAGAGGGAGAGGGGGAUGAAGGAAGGCGAAGCCAAGAAGAAGACGGCGGAGCAUGAUGAGCUUUAG